AUGGCGGCCCCGCUGACGGCGGCGGGCGGCGGGGGGGCGGCGGCGGCGGCGGCGGCGGCGGGGAGGGCGGGGCGCGGUCCGGCGCUGCGGGAGGGGGCGCGGGUGUCGGCGCUGUGCCUGGCCUGGUACGGGCUGAGCGCCGGCGGGAACGUGGUGAACAAGCUGCUGCUCGGCGGCUUCCCGCGGCCCGUCACCGUCUCGCUCUUCCACAUCCUGGGGCUGUGCGGGCUCCUGCCGCCGCUGCUGCGGGCCUGGCGGGUACCGCCCGCCGGCCCGGCCCAGCUGCCGCCCCGCGCCUACCCCCGCUACAUCCUGCCGCUCGCCUUCGGCAAGUACUUCGCCUCCGUCUCCGCGCACGUCUCGCUCUGGAGGGUCCCGGUCUCCUACGCGCACACAGUAAAAGCGACGAUGCCAAUAUGGGUGGUUCUUCUUUCGCGGAUCAUAAUGAAGGAAAAGCAGACGACGAAGGUGUACUUGUCUCUGAUCCCCAUAAUAACUGGUGUCCUGUUGGCCACCGUCACAGAACUUUCCUUUGACAUGUGGGGACUCAUCAGUGCACUUGCUGCUACUCUGUGUUUUUCACUUCAGAACAUCUUCUCAAAGAAGGUGUUAAGAGAUUCCCGAAUACAUCAUCUUCGGUUGCUGAACAUACUUGGGUGCCAUGCUGUGUUCUUCAUGAUCCCAACGUGGGUUUUGGUAGAUCUUUCUUCCUUCUUAGUAGAGAAUGACUUGAGCACGAUGUCUCAUUGGUCCUGGACCUUGAUGCUGCUUAUAAUCAGUGGAUUUUGUAAUUUUGCCCAGAAUGUCAUUGCCUUCAGUAUUCUUAACCUGAUCAGCCCGCUAAGUUACUCUGUCGCAAAUGCCACAAAAAGAAUCAUGGUCAUCACCGUGUCCCUUAUAAUGCUUCGCAAUCCGGUAACGAGCACCAAUGUCCUUGGAAUGAUGACGGCUAUCUUAGGGGUCUUCUUAUAUAACAAGACAAAAUAUGAUGCAAACCAAGAAGCAAAGAAGCAGCUACUUCCAGUUACAACUGGAGACCUCGUGAAUUUGGACCGGCAUCGAAACACUCCUGAAAAGUCUCAGAACGGACUUACGGCAUUUGCACAACACGGAGACUAUCAGUAUGGUCGAACCAAUAUCUUAACAGACCACUUCCAGUAUAAUCGGCAAAACUAUCCAACUACCUACAACUUAAAUCGUUUUGAUAUAUAGAAUCCUGGCAAACAGGUAUAGACUGUGAUAUCAAGGUGUCCCCAACAUUAUCAGAAACUUUUAGUACAUCCAUGAAUGUAAAGCCAUUUUAUUGUACAGUUUUCGCAGAAGGGAAGAUGCAUGUGUAGUGAAAGCGGUACAGACCUUCAACUUCUGCUAAGCAGACCUUUAAACGUGAAACAGCUAGAUCUGACACUGGAACGAAAUGCACAGUGUAGCUCUUGUACAGAGAUUCUGGUGAAACGCACGUACGUAACUUCAGAGUAAAAUAUCUGCUGUCACUGCUCCUUUUCAGAGUCUGUCAGCUGAUUAUUCUUUCGGCAGCUAAAUUCUGGCCAGUAUUUUGUUUCCACGCUGGUAACGUCACCUUUAAUUUGUUCUCUAGUAUGUUUUACUGAUACUUUCUUUUAAUGAAACCUUCAGAAAGAAGCGAAACUAAGGCGUACUUUGGUUAUCAGGAUUUGUCUGUUUGAGGAGGAUUGACUUGUGUAUAUCAGUUGCAGAUAGGUAGACCUGAAUUCACCUCGAGCAACUACGAAACUUCAUGUGGGUAUUAGCUACUUUUGUGCCUAUGCCUUCAGUUUUUGAUGACAAACCAGAAGUGUUUCUGAAAGAGUAGACAGUAGAAAGAUUGAGCUCUUCAAGAAGCGUACUUCAGGCAUAGAGAAACAGAAUUCUCUAAAAUCACUGUUGUCCCAGUCACUGUAGAUGACAAACAGAGCUUAAGAUCAUAAUUGUUUUCUGAAUAAUGUAGUCCUGUAACUUCAGACAUUGCUCUUCCUCGGCAAUACAGAAAACACCUUCACAAAUAAAGCGUUUGGAAUAAUAUGAUAUUUUUUUACUUGCUUCAGACCUGUUCUUACAAAACUCUUUUGUUGCUUUAGGAAUUGAAAGGUUUAAGGUGUUUUCUUCUCAGUUUUAUGCAUAAAUUAUGCUCUCUUAUAUGAUUCAUAUAUUAUGAAUGCAUUAAUUUGAAUAAUCAUCAUUCUUAAUUGUUUCUUAAGUCUAUCUUUUUAGCCCCUAAUUGUUUUUUUAAGUUUCUUAAUUACUGCUGUUGGAGUUGCUGUGUGCAUUUAGUGUGACUUCCACUUUCCGCUGAAAGAAGUUAAAUUUUGUAUCCUGCUCUGUUCCUGCAACUCCCCUAGCUCAAAUAGUAAAUUGUUCAGAAAAAAAUAUUUGAGUCAUCAGUAAAUAGAUAAUUUAUGGUUAAGAAGAACUGAUUCAGUUAGUAUAAAUGAACGUACUUAAUUCUAGACGAGUUGAUUGUUGUGCGUCAGAUACUGCAUUUGUGCAUGAGAGGAAUGAAACCAGUUGAACUUGGGUUUCACUGAAUCAGAUUGUUAUUGUUAUUACUUUAGCAAAGGAAGAUUUUAGGGGCCUUCUUUCCUUAACAGAAAAACUGUUGUACAGUGAGAUUUUUGAUAGCAUAAAUAUUAUGUUUUUACUAGAGAGGUAUUAGAUACCAGUGACAAAAUUCAGGGUGUGCUACAGAACACUCCUUCCACGUAUUUAUUGCUUUAAAAAUGACCAUUUCCGUGAUGCGAGAUGAUGAUUUGGCUCCUUUCUUGGAUAAUAAAGAAUUUAUUUUUAAGUGCAUAGUCAACCUGAUCUUAUUCUUUUGGCUGACUGAGGAGGUAGUUAUGUAGACUGCCUUCCACCACACAGUCCAAAAGAGGAAAUGGUCCUUCUGAAACUUCAGAGAUGGGUUAAAUAUGCUGCUAAUGUUUGUGAGCAGAACUUCCUUCACUUGACUGGAGUUGAAUCUGUUCAUGCUAGCUUAGAACUUGGGCUUUUAGUUUAGAAAAUCUAGAUAAAUUAUUCCCUAACCCAGGUUAACAAGAACAAGAUAAUGAGGAAAAGCAUUCUUUCAGAUGAAAUUUCUUUUGCCUGUUCCGGU